UAUCUUUUGACAAUUUACGUAAUUUGUAGAUUGGUUUCUCUGUUAGGUACAUCUCCUCAAGCUUUUGAAUAUUGGUAUCUAUGUUAUUAUUUUAAAGUUCUUUGAAUGUUAAAAGAAAUUUAAUUUAACAUGGCGCCUAUUGAUAAUUCACCAAGAGGAAAUAUGGAAGGAUUUGAACUUACACAUUCAGUAAAAGCUAAUGAUACAGUACCAAUACAUGUUUAUAAAUCUAUAAAUACUGGAAUUACGGUUUGUAUAGCAGAUGUAGACGGACCUGUUGUUUGUGGCUACUUUGGUUUAGCUACCGAGGCACACGACGACGAUGGACUACCUCACACAUUGGAACAUCUUAUUUUUUUGGGAAGCGAAGAUUACCCCUAUAAAGGUGUUCUAGAUUUAUGGGCUAAUAGAUGUUUAGCAUCUGGUACUAAUGCUGCAACACUCAUCGAUAAUACUCAUUAUACUAUGACAACUGCUGGUAGCGAGGGAUUUUUAUCCUUAAUGCCUGUGUAUCUUGAACACAUCCUUUAUCCAACACUUACGGAUGCAGAAUAUCUUACGGAAGUACAUCAUAUUAGUGGUAAAGGUGAAGAUGCAGGUGUGGUUUAUUGUGAAAUGCAAGGCAGAGAAAACAUUGGGGAAUACUUGGUAGACAUAGAGUUAUGUCGAGCAAUUUUCCCUGGGCGAUGUGGUUACAAAUCUAUCAUUGGAGGAGCAUUAAAAAAUCUAAGAGAAAGCACUAAUAAUGAAAAAGUAAAAGAAUAUCAUAAAGAAUUUUAUAGGCCAGAAAAUUUGACAUUGGUAAUAGUAGGCCAAAUACAACAUGAUGAUGUGUUUAAAGCAUUGCAACCUUUAGAACAGAAAAUAAUAUCGAAAGGAAAUCGAGGUUCAUUUAAAAAACCAUGGCAAAGUCCUGUACCGCCUCUUACUGAAAGUGUAGAUUUGGAUGUGUACUAUCCUUGCGAUGAUGAAGAUAAUGGUGUAGUGAAUGUUGCUUGGCGUGGACCAUCUAUUAUUAGUGAACUAUAUAAUUUCCUUGGUUGCAGUUUAUUUCUAAAAUAUCUCACAGAUACAUCAGUUAGUCCAUUGCAAAAAGAAUUUGUUGAAAUUGAUGAUCCAUAUGCCAGUAAUAUUGCUUUUUAUUAUUCUGAAUAUUCAGUAUCUAUUAUGCAUCUUGAAUUCGAAAGUGUACCAAAGUCAAAAAUUUCAUUUAUAAAAGAUCAAUUAUUAAAGGCAUUAAAUGAUUUACAUAGCAAAGGCAUUGAUAUGAAACGAAUGAGUACAGUCAUUCACAGACGUAUUCUCGAAACAUUGAGUACGCUGGAAGAUGUUCCCCAUGAUACAGUAGCGCAAAUGCUUUUUAAAUAUGUACUUUAUGGCAGCACCAAAGAAGAUUUGGAUAAUAGAACGAACCAAAUAAGGACUCUUAAACAAUUGAGAACCGAACCAGAAGUGUAUUGGCUAAACCUUUUGAAAAGAUAUUUCCUUGAUUCUCCAUUAAUAAUAGUUAAAGGAAUUCCCAGCCUAAAAAAACGACAAGAAUUGUCUGAGAAAGAAUUAAAACGUGUAGCUAAACAAAGAGAAGAUUUAGGCGAAGAAGGUCUUCAACAAAAAGGAAAAGAGUUAGAGGAAGCACUGGCUAAAAAUAGUGUACCAGUACCUGAUGAAAUGUUAAGUUCGGUACCUAUACCAACCACUGAUCUUAUCAGUUUUCAUCACAUCAAAAGUUAUACAACCGAAACUGUUGAGCAACAUUCUAGAUUAGUUUUGCCAAAACUACCAUUUUAUACAUACCUGGAUCAUGUUAAUACAAAUUUUGUUUACAUGUUCGUUAGUAUGAACACGUCAAAUAUUGAAAGAAAAUAUAGACCCUACAUUCCUUUGUUAUUGGAAGUUAUUAUGGAAUGUCCAGUAAAGCGAAAUGGACAACUCAUUCCAUAUGAAAAAGUAGUGGCUGAAUUAGAAGUAGAUACUGUGUCAAUUGAUACUAGUCUUGGAAUUGAUAAUCCUUCAAAGUUUUCAUGUGGAUCAUUUAGUUACAGUGCUCAUUUGAUGCUUCAUCUUGAAAUGGAAAAAUAUGAGAAAGGUGUGCAAUGGAUUAAAGAGCUUUUAUAUGAAACUGAACUAACUCCUGAUAGAUUGAAAAUAAUAGCUGCAAAAAUGGUAAAUAAUGUUGGACAAUUUAAGAGAAAGGGAAAUAAGAUUGUAAGCGAUUUAAUGAAAGGAUUAAUGUAUAACGAAGAUAGCAAUCAGUUUUCAUCUAGUAUGCUGCGACAACACAAGUUUCUUACUAAUGUCUUGGACCGUUUAAAUGAUGAAAAGAGGCAGAAGGAAAUUUUAUCAGAAAUUGAAUUUGUUAGAAAAGUUUUAACAAUGCCUAAAAAUAUGGCAUUGUACAUGGCAACUAAUGUGGACAAAUUAACUGUUCAAGUACAAAACGUGUACAAUCCAUGGAACACUCACUUUUCUGAAUUAGCCACGUCAGAUAAAAAUAAGCUUCAAGCUAUUCCUGACUCAACAUUCAUAAAACCUCUAGACAAAGUCCCAAUUGAAGGCUGUGUUACAGGAUUAGGUUGUAUAGAAUCCUCAUUUUUAUGUCAAAACUGCCAAUGUAUAAAUGAUCACCAAAAUCCAGAUUUGGCGCAUUUGCUUGUUUGUUUACAAUAUUUAACCCAAGUAGAGGGUCCUAUGUGGAGACUUAUUAGAGGACAAGGUCUUUCUUACGGGUAUAAUAUCUACCCAAAUGUACAUGAAGGUUUACUAUAUUUAUCAUUCUAUAGAUCAACAAAUAUUGUGGCUGCAUAUAAAGAAGCAAAAUCAAUUGUAAAAAAUCACAUCUCUGAAAAUAAAUGGGAAAAGUUACUUUUCGAAUCGGCAAAAUCUUCGUUGAUAUUCGAAAUUAUUAAAAAAGAACAGAGUAUACGUGAUGUGAUACGACAGUCAUGGUUAUCUUAUUUUAAAAAUGUCUCGCAUAAUUACACUCAGCAAAUGGUAAAACGUAUAUCCGAAGUAACAGUCGAGGAUAUGGGCCGCGUGGCAUCUAAAUAUUUGACACCAUUAUUCGAUCCAAAGGAAUCCAGAACAACUAUUGUUUGUCAUCCCUCUAAAGUAUCGGAUGUAGUUGAUGCAUUUAAAUCAUUCAAUCAUGAUCUUAAACUAUAUAACUCCCUUGAAGAAUGUUACUUAAACGAAUGGUAAUUUUAAUUUAAAAUUAUGCAAUAAUAUUAUUAGCUAAAAUGUAUUACAGAGCAAAUGGAUGUUAUAUUAUUUUUAUUUGAGUCAUUGUCUAAAACAAGACAACAGUGCAGAUUAAUAUAAGGAUCUAAUAUGUAUUCAAAUUUAAUCACGAGUUUCACUGUAAUGUUCAAUG